AUGUCGAGUUUCAUACCCUCAGAUUACAAAGCCCUUGAUCUCUCUGGAGAUAAUUAUCUUGAUUGGGCUAUAAACACUUCAGCCGUCUUGAAGUCUAGAGGACUUGGGAAGUGCAUCAAGUAUGGCAAUGACACCCUUGCGUGUGAAAGACACAGAGCCAUAAUGAUUAUGCGACACCAUCUCUGUGAGGACCUAAGAGACGAGUUUGGAUAUGUUAAUGAUCCUCAUAAUCUCUGGUCAUUUUUGAAUUCUAGAUUCUGUGAGCCAUUGUUGCACGAAUCCAAGAAAAAAUGGGAAGCUCUAAGGUUCCAGGAUUAUGAAUCCGUGGACAAUUAUCACUCUGAUCUUAUGAGAAUCACCUAUAGUCUUAGACUAUGUGGUGAAUUGGUAACAAACGAGGAUUUGUUAAACAAAACUCGUGACACAUUCCAUUCAGAGGAAGUGUUGUUAUCACAUCAGGCCAAAGUACUAGACAGUGAGAUGAAAAUCCCUGAAGCUAAUAAAGCCACAUUUGAUAAGAAGAGAUCUGAGGAGGAUUCCGAGUGGACACUCAUGGACCAUGAGGUCGGAUUAUACAUUGAAUAA